CGAAGCUCUGUAUAGGCGUGCUUUGACAACGUUUGUAAUUCACCGUAUACAAACAAUUGAACGAGUUGUUGUGUUUUGCUACAGCUAACUCAGGCAUUGUUAUUUUCUCGAACUUCAAACAAACACUUUUUGGGUUUCCACGUUGUUGAUCUCUAGCACUGUUGCAUCCCACAACAUCGCAACAACCCUUUAGCCAACAUGUCUGAUGAAUUACUGUCGAUGUUCUUUGACGAUGAGUUUGUUCCACACGCUUACCUGGAUGCCGUGUAUGCCCAGAGUGCUGUGUCAAGUGGUGGUAAUAACCUGACUAAUCUGAAGUACAUCCAACAACUCCAGGAACGGUCGGCUAUUCUGCUGACACACAUGGAUUACUAUACGAAUGAACUGACGAAUGAGCUGGAGUCACAAAUUUCAAAACUGUACAACUGCAACUCUAUUGUUUCCUAUUCCUAUGACGCCAGUGCGAAGGGGAGUGUAGGCUCUUCAAACAACCUAAUGCCGACAACGAGAUUGGAGUACUACAUUGACUCCUUGUCAAUAUCUAUACAUUCGCUUAACGACACAAUCGCUGCUAUUGGUACGAAAUUAAAGGAGAAUAAAGACCAGGACUCAGAGGGCCCUUUUAAAGGUAUAAAUAAGCUUUUACUGUUGACUAAGGCCAAACAAAAUUUGCUCGAGGUUCAAAAUGCACUUGAGACGAUCAAGUCUGUUGUAUCAAUUGCUUACGAUGAAAGCAAGUCAAACACUAAGAAAUCUCGUGUUGCACCUACUGGCUCGAAAAGCAAUGAUGAAUUGACUAUUCAAAUAACGCCAUCAGAGUUACAGGAAUCGUUGAAUGUCCUGUCUGAAACAAUUGUUGAACAACUCAAGAACAGACUAAAGACUGAGGAUGAGUUCCAAGUGGACAAGGAGUUGUUACAAAAAGUGGAUGACUUUUGUGAUCUAUUACCUGUUUUCAAGAGUUUAGGCGAGUUCAACACUGUGUACAGUGUAUUUGCAAAGACUAUAAAGUCAAAGAAAGACGAAUACUUGGAAACGAAAUCAUUAGACGAUGAAUUGAGUGCAAAAAUUCUUAAAUAGACGAAAUUUACCCAAAUCCUGCCCAUUCAAC